AUGAAAGAGACAGCUAGUCAAAGUAUGGUGGUGGCAGCUCUUAUAGCUACCAUUGUUUUUGCAGCAGCGUUUACAGUUCCUGGUGGUUAUAAUCAAACUAAUGGUGUUCCUAUGUUCUUUCAUAAAAGAUCUUUCAUAGUAUUUGUCAUAUCGGAUGCCAUUUCUUUGACAUUCUCGUCCGUUUCACUCCUAAUAUUUUUAUCUAUCCUCACAUCUCGCUAUGCUGAAGAUGAUUUCUUGGAAUUAUUACCCAAAAGGCUGAUGAGAGGCCUUACAACACUCUUCUUUUCUAUCGCAGCCAUGAUGGUCGCUUUUAGUGUUAGUUUUUUCGUCCUUUAUCAAAACAUGAUAUGGAUACCUAUUGUUAUCAGUGCAAUUGCUUCCAUACCGGUUAUUUUAUAUGCUAGACUUCAGUAUGAUCUUCUGGGGGAUGUUUAUAACUCAACGUAUACUUCUAAGAAUCUCUUCAAGCCAGAAAAGCUAAAGAUUUACUAUCAAAAUCCAAAGCACUAACUGUAACAUUCAUUUCA